CCGCGGCUCCGCUCCCUCCUGCCCAGCCUCGCCAUGAGCACCACGGGCACCUUCGUCCUGCAGCAACCCCUCAACUACCGCAACGGCGCCCGCGUCCAGCCCCUCGAUGGUGGGCCCAGCGAGGACGUCUAUGAGCCGGCCACAGGUCGAGUGAUAAGCAAGCUUCUCUGCUCCGGGGAGAAGGAGGUCGACCUGGCUGUGCAGAGUGCAAAGGCGGCCUUUAAAGUCUGGAGCCAGCUGUCGGGCAUGGAGCGGAGCAGGGUGCUGCUGGAGGCCGCCAGGAUUAUCCGGGAGCAGAGGGAUGAAAUUGCCACCUUGGAAACCAUCAACAACGGGAAGUCCAUCUUCGAAGCCAGAGUGGACAUUGACAUAUCUUGGCAGUGCCUGGAGUACUACGCAGGACUGGCAGGGUCUCUAGCUGGUGAACACAUCCAGCUUCCUGGGGGAUCCUUUGGAUACACAAGGAGAGAGCCACUUGGUGUUUGUGUUGGGAUUGGAGCCUGGAAUUACCCUUUUCAGAUUGCCUGCUGGAAAUCUGCCCCAGCCUUGGCUUGUGGCAACGCUAUGGUCUUCAAGCCCUCUCCCUUCACCCCCAUUUCGGUAGUGAGGCUGGCAGAGAUCUUCACGGAGGCUGGUGUGCCCAAAGGGCUCUUCAACGUGGUGCAGGGUGGAGCGGCCACCGGCCAGUUCCUCUGUCACCACCCAGAUGUGGCCAAAAUCUCUUUCACGGGCAGCGUGCCAACUGGCGUCAAGAUCAUGGAGAUGGCAGCCAAAGGGAUCAAGCCAGUCACCCUGGAGCUGGGUGGCAAAUCCCCCCUCAUCAUCUUCUCAGACAGUGUCCUGGAGAACGCGGUGAAUGGAGCCCUGAUGGCGAACUUCCUCACGCAGGGUGAGGUGUGCUGUAACGGCACGCGGGUGUUCGUGCAGAGAGAGAUACUGGAUGCCUUCACAAAGGAGGUGGUGAAGCGCACGCAGAAAAUCAAAGUUGGAGACCCGCUCCUGGAGGACACCCGGAUGGGAGCCCUCAUCAACCAGCCACAUCUGGACCGUGUGCAGGGCUUCAUCAAGCAGGCAAAGGAGCAGGGGGCAAAGGUGCUGUGUGGUGGUGACCUGUACGUGCCAGACGACCCGAAGCUGAAGAAUGGCUACUACAUGCGACCCUGUGUGCUAGGGAACUGCACGGAUGACAUGACGUGUGUGAAGGAAGAGAUCUUUGGACCUGUCAUGUCCAUCCUGCCAUUUGACACAGAGGAGGAAGUUGUGGAGAGAGCCAACAACACUAAAUUUGGCCUGGCAGGUGGUGUCUUCACCAGGGAUAUCCAGAAGGCUCACAGGGUAGUGGCUGCUCUCCAGGCUGGAAUGUGCUUCAUUAACAACUACAACAUCAGCCCUGUGGAACUGCCUUUCGGAGGAUACAAAUCAUCAGGAUUUGGUAGGGAGAAUGGGCGGGCGGCCAUCGAGUACUACUCGCAGCUGAAGACUGUCUGCGUGGAGAUGGGUGAUGUGGAGUCUGUGUUCUAGCGGC